UCUCCCAGUGCGGCCCUCGCGCUUGGUUAAUAAGAUAUAUUUAUUCUACAAGUGACCAGGAAGCUUCCAAGGUUGAAAAAAACGCUACAAAGUGCGAUCCGAGUGCACUGUUUCAAAAUAUUAUGACUCCGUCCAUUUUAUUUCUUAUUGCCCACUGGAAAAUCCAUCAUUUCCACAAACCCAGACAAUUUGCUCCAAUGAAAAAGAAUUUAGACAAAGGUUCGCAAGUGAUUUUGUCUCCACAGGAGAUUAUGUCACCUUCCGUCAUGUCGAGCUUCCUCCUAACCAUAUCAGAAUUUCCGGGUAAAUAGAACGUGUUACAGUCACGUUUUCUUGUUUAAGCGAAAGAAGGUUUAAGUCAUGGGGUAAAAUACCCAGGAAAGCGGUCAAAGAAACAACGAUUGUAAGACUAGCUUCAAGCAAUAAAAGCAAAUUUACUGAGGGAAAAAGCACAACCAGCUUACAACAUCAAGCAGAAUGAAUUAAAGGAGCUCUACAAACUGACCCUGCUUCUAUGAACACGAUUGAUUAUUGCAGUUAUACACACAACCUAAGUAGUUGUGAAAUUAAAGCCUGAAAAAAAUUCAGGCCUGAACGGGAUCAGAACCUAUGACCUGUGCGAUACCGGUGUAGCACCCUACUAACUGCAGGAGCUAUCAAGCCAACUGGGAGCUGGUCACGUUGUGAGUUCGUGAUAGACCCGUAGAUAGUGAAGAAACAAGUGAAUAGAUGAAAGAUCACAUAUUUGAACUGCGGACCUGUACCUCUCUUCAGUAGAAAGCCUGUGACGAUGAAAUAUGAUCAAAAUUAAACCAAUAAACGAAAUGCUCAGUUGUCAUGGAGCUUCGUGCGUUUUCUCGAUAAUACAUACAGCGCCUCCAAAACAGUUACAGGCUGAACUGUUGAAGAAAGACUGAAGCCAGAGUGUUUCGAUCCGUCAAGCUCUGAUCCAUUACCCGAAAAAUAGACGAGGUCAGAACGCUUCUUCGGCAGUGUAACCGAGUUUAUUGAAAAUAAACCUUUAAGGUGAAACGAGAAAGCGUCUUCACCGGAGCACCUACAAUUUACAGUUUUCUAUUUUUUGACAGCAUGCCUCCUGCUAUCCCACAAAAAAAAAAAACAAAACAGUAACAAAACAGUACGUGAAAACGUGUAACGCAACAGUUACGCGUGACGGAACACAGAGGAAAGGAUGUUUCAAACUUUUUGUUUCAACCAUCUAACUGAUUUAUCGUUUAUAUAUGUAUAAAAAAAAACUAAAAAGCAGGACUAACGAAAUUUCGAGCAAUCGAGCACAUGUUAACGGGAAUGCGAGCAUGCGAGCAGUUGCGAAAAUUGUGCGAGCACGAGCAAGCGAGCACCCGUGUAAUUUUUGCGAGCAAUUCGAGCAAAGGCCAAAUUUUGCGAGCACUUUUAUAUUGAAUGGGACCAUUCGAUACCCCUACUAGUGGUCGUUUUAACGCUAUUUUGGCGACUUUUUUUGUACCACUUGUUGUGAUACUAUUUAUAGGUAAUUAGCUGAAGAUAAAAUUUUGAUUUGCAAGAGGAAGUCGCGCGGGUAGUGAAUAGAACCACCGCAACGAAUUUAUGUUCGUGGACGUGGACCCAUCUUGCAAUAUUUUCUGCCAGUCUUGUAGUCUUUCGCUUUUGAGGUAAACCUUGAUCUUUUAUUUCAAUGUUCCUGUUAGCUGUGAUUGAAAUUUGACCAUGUGAACGAAUUCUGGCUUUCCUAUAAUCGCCAUUAACGAAGUUUGUCUUCAUGCGCGAUAAUAUACAUUCAAAAAUUCAGCAAUUUUCUAUGCUGAGAACCCGUCUGGUUAUCCCAAACAGAAUUGAAAGUUGAGAUUGAAAGCUGCACAAGUUGAAACUGAGUGCAGAGAGCAAACGUUAAAUUCAUAGACAGAAAAAUGGCGGACAGGCUAAAAAAGAGACAAAGUUUUAAUUGAGAGGACCUCAGAGUAUGAAGAAGAAUGCUAGAAUUAGAAACAAAAUCACUCAACAAAGCUCAAAUGUCUGACUUCUAAUUCGUGUUCAACGCAUUGGAAACUUAUCUUCGAGACAAAAUCUUUUUCACUCUUGGCACAUCGUGUCUUAUACAGAAGACUUCGCUUUUGACCGUGCUUUGUUUGGAAAGCCGGGUUCGCUUGUGGACUAUUGUCGCGGAUAGGAAAGGUUCGCUUGUGGACUAUUGUCGCGGAUUGGAUUUCAAGUGACGCAUAACGGAAUCCCGCAACAGAAUCGAGUCGCAAUAUUGUACGGAAAUACAGUCACAUUUUGCUCUUAUCUCCCCAUGUGGACAUCGCUGAACUGAAUGAGCGAAGUUACCACCGCUCUCUAGAGCACAGCUGUUCUCCUUGCUGACAGAUACCUCCACUUAGCGUCCACGAUGGCAAGUGACGAACUCAUUCAAGAGGGAGACGGUGAGUACCGUCACGGAAAAGCUGUUAUGGUCAAAGGAGUCAGGAUGCCUCAUGUGUACGCCUACUUGACAGGAUUUGCAGAGUUCAUCAAUAAUUUUAUCACCAAAAACGACGAUGUUUUUAUCGUUGGUUUUCCAAGGUUAGGAACCACGUGGCUUCAAGAGGUCACUUGGCAGAUCUUCAAUGAUGGAGAAGUUAGUCGCCUUCCUAUUGGUCACCGAGUUCAGUUCUUUGACGAAUCAAAUUUCCCCAUACCACCCAGCCAGACGUCAUCACUAGACGUAAAUACAUCUACGCUGCAAGAAAUCCAUUCAAUGUCGUGGUGUCCUAUUACAACUUCGACCUCAAAAUGGCGCCUAUGACUGACUAUAUUGGGCCAUUCGAAUAUUUUGCUGAUAUGUUUAUCAAGGGGACAACAUAUUGGGGAUCUUGGGCCGAGCAUGUUCUAGAAUGGUGGAAACACAAAGAUGACGAAAAUGUUCUGUUUCUCAAAUACGAAGAUAUGAAGAGGGACCUACCUUCUCAAAUAGGCUUGAUAAGUAAGUUUCUGAGCAAAUCCUUAUCAGAAGACAUGGUCGACCGCAUAGCUAAACAGUGCACCUUUGACGCCAUGAAAAAUAAUUCAUCCGCUUACUGGAUGAUGACCCGUGAUGGCGAACUACCCAACUUCCUCAGGAAAGGUCAGGUUGGAGGCUGGAAAGAUUACUUUACUCCCGAGUUGAUCCGGAGGUUUGAAAAAGAAGUGCUGAGCAGACUGGAUGGUUCUGGACUCCAGUUUGAUUUAGGCCAAUGAUAUCAACUGUUGUUACUACAGAGCAUGCGUGGAUCACUUUGGAAAAUCAACUACAAAUAUGCGCGUACGUGCCAGUCUGUGCUUUGUAAUGCAUUAGUGUGUUUUUCUUUCGAUUGGUUGAGGAACUUUUUUUUCGACAAAUCGGUUACCCCGCUUGUAAGACCUCUCAUCACCGUCUUUUCAACUGGCUCUCGUGUUAGGAUUGCGACUUUUAUUGAAAGCCCUGUCUGUGGCACAGCGUC